UCAGGGGAGCUGGUUGCUGUGAAGGUCUUCAAUAAUGCCAGCUACCUCCGGCCCCAGGAGGUGCAGAUGAGAGAGUUCGAGAUGCUGAGGAAGCUGAACCACAAGAACAUUGUCAAGUUAUUUGCCGUGGAGGAGACGGGCAGCUCCAAGCAGAAGGUGCUGGUGAUGGAGCACUGCUCCGGGGGCAGCCUCCUCAAUGUGCUGGAGGAGCCGGCAAACGCCUUCGGGUUGGCCGAGUCCGAGUUCCUCAUCGUGCUGCAGUGCGUGGUGGCAGGGAUGAACCACCUCCGCGAGAACGGCGUCGUCCACCGCGACAUCAAACCCGGCAACAUCAUGCGGCUGAAGGGGGAGGACGGGCAGAGCGUCUACAAGCUGACGGAUUUUGGGGCUGCCCGUGAGCUGGAUGACGACGAAAAGAUUGUGUCUGUCUACGGGACGGAGGAAUAUCUCCACCCGGACAUGUACGAGCGCGCGGUGCUGCGCAAGCCGCAGCAGAAGGCGUACGGCGUCACCGUCGACCUCUGGAGCAUCGGCGUCACCUUCUACCACGCUGCCACCGGCAGCCUGCCCUUCGUCCCCUUUGGGGGACCUCGCAGGAACAAGGAGACCAUGUAUAAAAUCACCACCGAGAAGCCCCCUGGAGCCAUUGCUGGGAUCCAGAGGCAGGAGAAUGGAAGCAUCGAGUGGAGCUACGCGCUGCCCCUCACCUGCCGCCUCUCCACGGGGCUGAAGGACCAGCUGAUACCCAUUUUGGCCAACAUCCUGGAGGCGGAUCAGGAGAAGUGCUGGGGGUUCGACCAGUUUUUUGCAGAAACCAAUGACAUUUUGCACAGGAUCGUGGUCGACGUCUUCUCCCUGCAGCAGGCUUCCUUGCAUCGCAUCUACAUCCAUUCCUACAACACUACCACCAAGUUUUUAGAUGCGGUCUUCAAACAAACCAGCAUAGCCCCUCACCAUCAGGAGUAUUUUUUUGAAGGCCACCUCUAUGAGCUGGAUCCUAACCUGCAAGCUCACAAUUUCUGCAGAACCACAGAGCACAACCCCCUGACCCUGCUGAGCAGCGCCGAGCAGCCAGAGGACGUGGUGGGAGUCAGAUACAGAGACCCGACCCUCGAAUUCCCAAAAUUUGCCCCCAAGGUGGACGUGGUGGCCGACUGCAGCGCAGCCAAGGUAGGGGGUGCCCGUGCACCCGGGGGAGCCCCGGCCGCAGCGGCGCAGCCCCCGGAGCAGCCAGAGAGGAGCCGCCAGCUCCAUCCUGAGCCCCCCACAGAAACGGAUGGAUGUUGGGCGCGUUUUGGACCGGCCGUUUUCUCUCUUGACAGCGGGAACCUGAAAACUGAGUGCUCACGGAUUUUGGAGCAGAGACGAGGGGCGUUCUCGGUGCUUUCCUGCCUGCAGCUCACUGAGGUGAAGACCUGCGUGCUGCACGAGGCUGUUCCUGCCGGCAGCGGGACACCAGCACUGAAGGACGUGGCCACGGUGAAGACAAAGCUGCAAAGGGUCGCUGAGGAGCUCUCCCAGUGCUCCCACAGCAUCUUUGACAUCCAAGGGGCACUGGACGGCAUUUUGUCUGAGCUGGUGAAGGACAGGCAGCAAGUGCUCGAAGACAAAAGCAUCCGGCAGAUCGAGUGCUGCGUGGAGAAGAUGCAGCUGAUCCACAAGCAGUUCAAGAAGGCCAGGACAUGUCUGAGGCUGGGCUACAACGAGGAGCAAAUACACAAACUGGACAAGGUGAAUUUAGGGCACCUGGCCAGGAAGGUGCUGUCGAUUUUCCAGGACGAGUGUGUCCAGCGGUACCAGGAGGCCCUGGCCCUGCACGGCAGCAGGAUGAGGAAGGUCUGUGAGAUAAAGAAGCAUUUGAAGAAGCUCAGCAACCGCAUCAGCACCUGCAGCGUGGAGAUGCUGGAGUGCCAGGACUGCCUGCAGAGCGCCCUGGACAGGUUUCUCCAGAUGGCGAAACAGAGUUUGGCCCCGGUUCCUCCCAUGCCUUCACCCGUCCAUCCGAGCCAGGCGUGCCAGGAGUUGGCUUUCCGGAUGCAGGAGCUCCUGGAGCAGAUGAGGGCAGUAACUUGUGACCUCCAGUUCAACAACAGCAUCAUCGAGCGGUUAAGCGGGGCUGCCGCCACUCCUGGUAUUUGA